CAGGCCUCGACCUGCAGCUGCAGCUCACGAUCCUUCUGUUCUCCCUCGUGGUGUAUUUCUGUGUAUGUGCGGUCCUGGGCCUGAUGAGAGAGGGCUGGGUAUACCUCCUGUGCCCGUGGCGGUUGCUGGGCGCGUGCAGCCUGGCGCUGGCAGCGUGUGUGUGUGGCCUCCACAUCAGCCGAUGUGCCGCCGCCGGGCGCCUGUGGGCGUCGUACCUACGUCAACGAGACGGGUACACUGACUUCUACCCGCUGGCACGGCAGAGCCAAGCUUACACCAUGCUGUCCGCCAUGCUCCUGUUCAUACUGGUGUUGAAGGCGUCCCACCAGUUGCGUUUCCUGAGGGAGUGGGCAGUGUUUGGAAGGGCUCUGAGACGCUCUGUCUGGGAACUGAUAGGAACAGGUCUGGUCCUGCUGGUCCUGCUGCUGGCCUACUCACACACAGGACACCUGCUCUUCCACUCUGUGAUGGACGGAUAUGGCAGCGUGAGCUCCGCCUGCCUGUCGUUGCUUGGCGCCGGCGGGCGUGGCCUGUUGUCCUUGCGACCAUCGUCAACAACAACCGGCCCCUCUAGCUCCGCCUCCAGCCUGGUGUUCCACGCGAGCUUUGCCGUGCUGCGGCUGGCGUUGCUAUGGCUGGUGACCUCUGCGUUGUUAAGGAACUAUCGCCGGGCGCGGGCGGAGUUGUACCGCCCGGUGGUGGACCUACAGGACUAUGAGAUGGUGGAGCUGUUUCUACGGCGACUGAAGAUGUGGAUGGGCCUCAGCCGCACCAAGGAGUUUCGUCACAAGGUGCGUUUUGAGGGCAUGGAGCCCCCCUCUCGCUCCUCCUCCACCAGUGACUGUCAGUCCCUGUGCCUGCCCCCUCUGGACGGCUCCGAGUCGCCCCCAGCCCUGCCUGACAGAGGCCCCCGGGAUGGGGCUAAGCCUGGGUCCCGGGGAUUGGGACCAGGUGCGUUGGCGGGUGGAACAGCCUGGCGAGAAAGGGCGGAGACUGAGGCGACUCUGAAGAGGCUUCUCCCCACACUGGACGCUUUGCUGCAGCAGCUGGACCGGGUCACCGUGGCGACCGAGGAGCUGUACCGCACCGAGUGUGUCCUGGAGCGUGCCCAGAGGAAAGGAGGACGUGGGACCCCCUACGGAGAGAGAGACCCUGCCCCCUCCAGCCUCUUCAACCACCCGGCCCACACCACCACCAUUCCCACACGCAAACGCAAGCCCCCGCCGCUCAAGAACAAGGUGCACCCCAACCCAGACAGGCAUGUGUCCGGACACCCCAAACCCUGA